UCCCCCCCUCUUCUCUUUCUCUCACUCACACACACACACGCACGCUCACGCUUUGAGAUCUUCGGCCAUGGUAGGAUUCGAAAUCGGCGCCGUCCCCUUCAACCCUGACGGCUGGGGUCCACCAGACACAACCACCGCCGCUGCGGCUUCCCCAUCUUUCUCCACCCUCCCCUCUAACGUCCCAUUCGCUCCCUUCUCUCGCUCCGAUAAACUCGGCCGCAUCGCCGAUUGGACCCGUAACCUAAACUCCUCCGGUCGACCCAACAACCCCAAUUCCCGAAACGCCAACCCCGCCGACUCCGCCUUCGAUUUCUCCAACGACGACUCUUUUGGUGCCGACGACGACUCCUUCCGUUUGGUCGACAAAGCACACAACCACCCAUCCAACCACCGUCCGAAAUUCGGACCCAGGUGGCGAUUCCAACAAAACCGUUCUCAACUCCCCCAACGCCGUGACGAAGAGGUCGAGGCCCGAAAACGCGAGGCGGAGAAAGAACGGGCUCGCCGUGACCGUUUCUACAACCUCAACCGCUCUGGCGGCAACAACCCACCUCGCCGUGAGUCCGCCGUGUUCAAGUCCUCCGUUGAUAUCCAGCCUGAAUGGAAUAUGCUUGAUCAAAUCCCAUUCUCGACCUUCACAAAGCUCUCCUUUUCAGUCCCUGAGCCCGAAGAUCUUCUCGUUUGUGGCCGUCUCGAGUUCUACGAUCGGUCCUACGAUCGCGUAACCCCAAGAAACGCACCUCGUCUGGAGAGAUUCAAGAACCGAAACUUCUUCAAAGUCACAACCACAGAUGACCCAGUUAUCCGCCGCCUCGCCAACGAAGAUAAGGCCACCGUUUUCGCAACUGACACCAUCUUAUCAACCCUAAUGUGUGCUCCAAGGUCAGUUUAUUCAUGGGAUAUAGUUAUUCAACGAGUUGGGAACAAAUUAUUCUUCGAUAAGAGAGAUGGGUCACAGUUAGAUUUGCUAUCAGUCCACGAAACCUCGCAAGAACCCUUGGCAGAGAACAAGGAUGAUAUAAAUUCUGCCUAUUCGUUGAGCGUUGAGGCGGCUUACAUAAACCAGAAUUUCUCUCAGCAGGUUCUGAUAAGGGAAGGGAAUAAGGUGAGCUUUGAGGAGCCGAACCCGUUUGCGAAUGAGGGAGAAGAAGUGGCUUCAGUGGCUUAUAGGUAUAGGAGGUGGAAGUUGGAUAAUGAUAUGUAUUUGGUGGCAAGGUGUGAGGUUCAGAGCGUUGUGGAAGCUAAUAAUCAGAGGUCAUUUUUAACUCUAAAUGCAUUGAAUGAGUUUGAUCCGAAAUACUCUGGUGUUGAUUGGAGGCAGAAACUAGACACACAGAGGGGGGCUGUUUUGGCUACUGAAUUGAAGAACAAUGCCAAUAAAUUGGCGAAAUGGACAGCUCAGGCGCUGCUGGCAAGUGCCGAUAUGAUGAAAUUGGGGUAUGUUUCGAGGGUUCAUCCAAGGGAUCAUUUUAACCAUGUGAUAUUGGCUGUGGUGGGGUAUAAGCCGAGGGAGUUUGCAGGGCAGAUUAAUUUGAAUACAUCUAAUAUGUGGGGGAUAGUAAAAAGCAUUGUGGAUUUGUGUAUGAAGUUGAAUGAGGGGAAGUAUGUGCUUGUGAAGGACCCGGCCAAGCCGCAAGUGAGGAUCUAUGAGGUCCCAGUGGAUGCAUUUGAGAACGAUUAUGUGGAAGAGCCGUUGCCAGAGGAAGAACAGGUGCAGCCCCCUGCAGAGAAUGCUGAAGGUGGAGAGGCAAAUGCCGCUGUAGAUGAUGUGGAGAACAAAGAGAUUACUAUUGAAGCUUAAAAGUGUAUGAUACUAUGAUUUCUUGCUCUUAAAAAAUUAUAUGAUUAUGGUUGUUCUGCUUUUGUUUUGUUCCUAGAAUGAUUCAGUGCUAUGAAAACUUGGAAGUUUUAAUUUAAACAGUGGUAUACCUGAAAACUGAUUCAUUGAUAAAUACAAAAACAAAUGUGGAAAAGAGACCUUCAAAUAAAGUGGUUUGUCUCUGUUCUUAAACUGGUUUGUAAGUGUGAUGAGAAUUUAGUUUGUGAGUCUGUCUUUGGGUGUGCAACAAUACUAAUCCAUGUACAGUAAUGAUGUUUUUGUGUAGCAGUGAUUCUAUUGAAGAAAUUCGUUCUUCAAUGUUCUUGACUUUGAUCUCAUGAUAAGAUAGUCAAAGAUGGCUUCACAUAGUUCUGUUCUAUAACUUGUGCGUUAUCUCAAGAGAAACAAUAUUCUUAUUACUGUCUUUAAGCUUAAAGUGAUAUGCUUUUAUCUGUUGUUUCGGUUCAUAGAAUGACUUUAGUGCUAUUAAACUUUGAAGUUUAAAUUUAAACAAUGAAUUAUGCCUAAAACUGAUUCAUGGUUAUCUGCAAAAGCAUAUGUGGAAUUGCAUUUGUCAAACUGGUUUGAAGUGUGAUAAGAAUUUAGGUUGUCGGCUGUCUUUAGAUUUGCAACAAUAGUGAUUCAUGUAAUAAUGAUGUUUUCAUGUAGAAUGAUUAUGUUGAAGAAAUUCUUUCUUCAAUGUUAUUGACUUUCCAUCGUAUGAGGAGAUUGCAAAAAAUGGCCUUCAUAGAGUUCUGUUUUUUAACUUGUACAUUAUCUCAAGAGAAACAAUAUUCUUAUUAUGGCAGGACAUGGAAAGUUUCUUUUGAUGUAUAUGCUGUAAUUAUACUAAACUCCAGUUACUCCACCUUUUCCCUUGAAAUUUUCGGUAGAUGACUGAAGUUUUUAUUGAUUUUUGGAGACAAGUUCUAGUGGGGAUAAAUGGCGUAGGAUGUAUUUACUGUCCUUUGUUUCUUUUGGUAGCCAUUACAGAAAGAAUUUUACAAGUUUUCUGGAAGUGGAACGGAAAUGCAUAAGUUUUUAGCAGCUUCUAAAGUAGUUUAGAUUAGUGGUGUUAUGUCCACUGUAUUUGGUAAGUUUUUGAAUUCUAUGCUUAUUGUAUCAUGUAUGAUCAUGGAUUUAUGAUGAGCUUUAUCUGCCAGUUAUCUGGCUCACCCUAAGCAUUUUUUUUUGUCAACUUUAAUAUGACACAAGUACAACAGCAUAUAUGUAG